AUGGUCACCACAAGGCGAUCCUCGCGCAUCAGCGCUCAGCCAGCUUCCAUGAAAGAGUCAUUGGAGAAACCAAGAUCGAAGGCUACAGGUCGGAAGCGUAAAGCAGCAGCCGUUCAGGACGAGCCCGAAGCACCUUCAACACCACCCCCAAGGAAGCGAGCACAAGGCGAGCCUGCAACACCAGCCGUUCCGCCACCAAAGACACCAACUCCUACGGCUGCUGGGCUCUUUGCUGAGCCGACUAGCAUUAUUCAGAAGCCUCGUACUGCGGUUGUUACACGACUUGCAAACCCCAGGCUGACAAACGCAACGCUCCUCUCACCAGAGACGUCACGCCUUGUUGCCUCACGGGACAUUGAUAAUUUAUCGCCUAGUAAGGCACCGCAAGCUAAGACGACAACAGAGAAUAUCCUUAAAGAGGCAUGUGACUAUCUGAUCAAAGUUGAUACUCGCAUGAAACCCCUUGUGGAGAGCCACCACUGCAGAGUAUUCUCACCAGAGGGAUUGGCAGAGAAGAUAGACCCAUUUGAAAACCUCUCCAGUGGCAUCAUUAGCCAGCAGGUAUCAGGAGCUGCAGCCAAGUCUAUAAAGGCCAAGUUUCUCACAUUGUUCGAGGAGCUACCAGGAAACCGAUUCCCUCAUCCCUCCCAGGUGGCUGCCAAGUCGAUCGACGAGCUCCGUACAGCAGGUCUAUCGCAACGCAAAGCUGAGUACAUCAAAGGUCUCGCAGAAAAGUUCGUGAGUGGAGAGCUUAGUGCUCAAAUGCUCCAUGAUGCUUCGGAUGCGGAGGUCAUGGAAAAGCUGAUUGCCGUGAGAGGCCUUGGGAAGUGGUCCGUUGAGAUGUUUGCAUGCUUUGGGCUCAAACGGAUGGACGUCUUUUCACUCGGUGAUCUAGGCGUUCAGAGAGGUAUGGCUGCAUUCGUGGGGCGUGAUAUUGCCAAGCUCAAGGCCAAAGGCGGUGGUAAAUGGAAGUACAUGUCGGAGCAGGAUAUGACUGAGCUGUCGGCUAAGUUCUCACCAUAUCGAAGUCUCUUCAUGUGGUACAUGUGGCGAGUCGAGGAGACUGAUAUCAGCACAAUGGAAUAA